UUGUUGACAGAGUAAAAAUCGAUAUUCUCGCUGUGCAGCAUCCACCAAAUAACGUUUUGUUUCAUGUGAAAUCUAGAUAUUUUGUUCGUUCAAACAGAAGGCUGACUCAGAAUUAUUUAGAUCUAACGACUAAACUCACGCUCAAAAGGGAAGAUGUCUUCGAAGCAGAAAUCAAGUUCAGCUAGCUCUAGAGAUGAUGACCUGUCUUCGGAGUCGGUGGAAGUUCUUCGCGAACGAUUGAACCAAAUGAAGCGUCUGAUUGCCGAACGACAAAAUCAAAACAGCAGCGGGAGUGCUUCGGAUCUAUGGUCGCCCCAGCCUAGAUCCAGCUGCAGUGGUAUCAUCGACGGUAACUUCUUAUCGAUGGCCUUCGGUGGGGCACUGAUCGUGAUCCUGUCGGUGUCGGUAUACGCAUUCUACAAUCUGUACCAUGCUGUGCUGAAAAAAUUCCCCUCACAGCACACCGAGCUGUAAGGUGGCUCUGCUCGAUUCCAUGGACUUUGAUCUGUGCCAAAGAUAAGUAGAUGUUGGUGAAACUUGCAUUUGAUCCAUUCAGGAGCCACAUUGAGCACCCAAGGCGAAUCCAAUUUUGUAUUUGUUCAAGCGAAAUUGUCUUAUUUUAAAUUUCCCAUUGUGAAUUGGAAAUGGCAGUCGUCUAAAACAUUCGGUUAUUAAAGAAAAGAAUUAUCAGUAA